UCACUCUCUCCACCCACACACACACUCAAGCCAGCGGCACUCACACUACACUCAUCCACUCACAAGCUAAUCUAGCGGCGUAGCUCACUUCAGUCCAGUCGGCAUGGCGGCUACGAGGGGCGCGGCACUGGUGCUGGCGAUGGUGCUCGCGGCGAUGCUGGUGGCGCCGCCGGCGACGGUGCACGCCAUAUCCUGCUCCACGGUGUACAGCACGCUGAUGCCGUGCCUGCAGUACGUGCAGCAGGGCGGGUCGCCGGCCCGGGGCUGCUGCACCGGCAUCCAGAACCUGCUGGCCGAGGCCAACAACAGCCCCGACCGCCGCACCAUCUGCGGCUGCCUCAAGAACGUCGCCAACGGCGCCUCCGGCGGGCCCUACAUCACCCGCGCCGCCGCGCUCCCCUCCAAGUGCAACGUCGCCCUCCCCUACAAGAUCAGCCCUAGCGUCGACUGCAACUCGAUCCACUGAACGAACUGAAGCGCCCUGGCCCGUGUGUCUGUCGACGUACGUCUGCCGUGUGAGGAGUCCCAUGUCUGGAGAAUAAAUUGCUGCUACUAGUACUGAAGCUUAGCUAGGCCUUGGCGACCAGAUCCGUGUCGUUCUACCUAGUCGUCGUGUGUGGUUUAGGGUCGAUCGAGUUAAUUAUCCGCAUGCAGUUCAUGGUGUUGUGGCCUGGGUGCCGGUAGGUUCCACGAGCAGAGCAGAGUGGUGAACUGAUAUUGUGUGCGUCGUACUACGUUCGUGUCUAUGUAAUGUGCGUGCUUUAUCUAUAAAUUAUCCUCGUUAAAUAUC